CACUGAUCUGCAUGGCCUCCUCCUCCUGCUAGUAAAGCGGGACACAACCACACGACUAACUUGGAUCCACUUUGUCAACAACUUCAGAGUCAUUUGCUUUCCAUAGAUAGAAACUGUUCAAAGAAUUUUUGCAUGUGAACUGCUUUUUGUAAAGGUUAGACGCUCUGGAACCUUUACUUUCACAUUGUGUUUUUCUCCUGGAUUCCUCUUUGUUGCUGCAGAACAGAUGCUUCUUCCUGCUCAAAGCUUGGACCCUCUCAACAAACCCUGACUGCGUUUUGGAUACAGGACUUGUUGAUUGAAUUGAAGCUUCUUCGCCAUGUCCGGUGAAUCAGACCCUUACAUCUUCUCUACCGACACCUUACCCGGCGACCUCCGCUUCCUCCCCCCUCUGGCCAAUGGGCUGCUGGGUUGGAGGGUGUACAACAACAUCAUGCACAUGGGUGGUGUGUAUAACGGAGAGGGUGGGCGCUGUCAUCGCGCAGAUGUCCCCUGUCCUCUAGCUGUGAAGGUUGAGAUGGUGGAACCUGCCCAGCACACCUACAGCCUGGACACCCACACAGGUGUUUUUACCCACACAUUGAGCUCAGCAAGUGUGACCGUCUCACAGUCUUUGUAUUCACACCGAUACUACCCCAACCUGAUGGUGAUGGAGGUUCUGUUGGUGCGUCAAGUGACAUCAGAGGAGCCAAUCACUAUUCAGCUGACAAGCUCAUUCACACCUCAGAGCAAAGACAUUGUCUUCGAAACUGGACCUGAUUACAAAGGCGGAAGCCACAUCCAAGGAAAGACAUCCAGCGCUGAAUUCCCGGGAGGUUCCUGUCCUGAGGUGCACCUGAUCUGGACACCGAUACCUUCCUCUCUGACACUUCUUCCAGAGCAGAGCCAGGCUCGCUGGGGCUUCAUUCUGAUCGUGGCCAACAGUUUAGACACCGCUGAGGACAAUUUUGAUGAAGGCCUAAAUCUGAUGGCAUCUGGUAACCUGCGUCCAUCUCACGAAAAGGCCUGGAAGGAGCUGUGGCUGCAGAGCCAGAUGGAGGUGGUGGGGUCAGAGAGCCUUUGCAAAGCUCUAAUUGGCUGCUUGUUCUACCUCCUCAGUGCUUUCCCUUCCAUACAUGACACCUCAGGGUCUUUCGGUGGGGUCAGUCCAGGCGGGCUGUCUAAUGGAGGGGAUGGUCAGGACUACUGGGGUCAUGUGUUCUGGGACCAGGACAUUUGGAUGUAUCCUGGCAUUGCCCUUUUCUAUCCAAAGCUAGCCAGAUCUGUGCUGGAGUACAGGGUGGGGACUGUGGAUGGUGCUAAAGACAACGCCCAAAAGCAGGGCUACAAGGGACUAAAGUUUCCAUGGGAGAGUGCUGUGUCGGGGAGGGAGGUGUGUCCAGAGGACAUCUACGGACAACAAGAGAUUCACAUAAAUGGAGACGUCACCCUCGCCUUCCAACACUAUCUCUACCUCACUGAGGAUCUGUCCAUGUUCGCAGAGGGCAGGGGCAGUGAGGUGAUAUAUGGUGUGGCUGAUUACUGGGUAUCUAGAGUGACAUUGAACCCUGAGGACCAGAAAUACCACCUAUUAGGUGUCAUGCCACCUGAUGAGUACUAUUACAAUGUCAACAACUCAGUGUACACAAACACAGUGGCAAAAUUCAGUUUGCAGUUUGCUGUAGAGCUGGCUGCCCUCCUCCAACAACCAGCACCAAAGGAGUGGCAUGAAGUGGCAGAAAACCUGAUAAUACCUUUCGACCAAGCAAACCAGUACCACCCCGAGUAUGAUGGCUACACAAAAGGUCAUCCAGUGAAGCAGGCAGACGCAGUGAUGUUGGGCUAUCCUCUGGGAUUGCCAAUGACCCCAGAGGUCAGAAAAAAUGACCUGGAAGUUUAUGAGCCAGUAACAGAUCCAGAUGGUCCAGCCAUGACGUGGGGUAUGUUUGCUAUUGGUUGGCUGGAGCUGGGGGAGGCAGAGAAAGCUCGUGUUUUACUCGACAAGUGCUUCAGCAACAUUCAGGCUCCAUUCCAGGUGUGGAGUGAAUCAUCAGAUGGGUCUGGUGCUGUCAAUUUUCUCACGGGUAUGGGAGGAUUCCUGCAAGCUGUGCUGUUCGGCUUCACCGGCUUCAGAGUUCAGAAGGAAUUCCUGGCCUUUUCCCCGCUUCUCCCUAAGGACAUUUCUGAGCUGUGUGUCCGCGGUGUGAACUACCUGGGCAGCCAGAUGGACUGGCUGCUGAGGAAAGAUGAAAUUUGCAUCAUACUGAGGGCACAGGAGGGCAGUCCCAACCCUAAGCCCUGGGAUCUACAGGUUGUCCUGAAGGCAUCAGGAACAAAAAUCCCACUCAGCCCAGGUCAGCCGGUCACUUUUCCUCGAGGGCCUGGAUACAUCUGUAAAACAACUUUGACAUUUCCCUGUUGGCCUUUCUGAAACCUCCUCUGUGAGCCUCCCAGUCAUCUCAUAAACCAAGAAUGAAAGAUGUAAGCGAGCUAUUUUAUACUACAGUUUCUGUCGAGGUUUUUUUUUGUAUUUAUCAUGGACCACAAAGAAAUAAUAACACUAACAUUUUUUAAUAUGAGACGACUGUUGAUUUGAUUAAAUGAGAUUUGCUUGAAGAUUGGUUGUAUAUGCUCUCUCCUUACUUACUUCAUAACUCAACAGACUCGCCUCUAGCUCAGCUGGAUGUUCUAUAACGACCAUAUGAUGUAUUACAAAGAUAGUAUGUAAAGCCUGUUCCUGUCUUCAUGAUGCAUGUCUUAAGUCUUCUUUUUAAAAUAUUGUGUUGCAACAAAAAGGACAAGGUAUUCAAUUUAAUCUCCUCCUAUUCUGUACAAAAGCUAAUUUCCCCCCUGUUUCCAUCUUUUGUGAAUUUGCUCUUGUUUGUAAACACAGUAAAAAAUGUUCCCUGUA